UUUCAAGAAGUUCAAGUAAGCCCAGCCUAAAGCUUUACCUCUAUAGAUGUGCUCAAAGCAACUUCUGAAGCAUGUCUGCUUUAUUCCGCCUGCUAUAUGUCAUAGCUGUUUGCCAUAUUGGGGAAUCUCACUUAUGUGAUCAAGUCAUCCAGUUGAAUGGAUCCCUUGGAAAACCUUUAGUUCUAUAUCAAUUGCGUAUGAUGCCAGAAUAUCAAACUCUCUCCCUAACAACCACAAAUAAGACCACAAAAAUUCCAUUCCUGGUCUAUGAUCUGAUUGAAAACCAAAUUAUGUAUCCAAAAGCCAACAUUUCUGACAGUCGAUACCAGUUCAAGCGAGACAGCUCAUCCGUCAUCAUCCCCAAGUUACAGAAAGAUGAUGAAAAAAAAUACGAGCUCUCGGUACAAAGAAAAGAUUUCUUCUCGCUCGUGUGUGAAAUUGAGCUCAAAGUCUAUGAACAGAUCUCGAAUUUGACCGUCAGUGUAACAGAGGAUUCUCGGAACGACACCUGUAAUGUCACCAUGGAGUGCCUGAUGAAGACCGGAGAUGACGUGACUUUCAUCUGGAUGAAAGAUAAUAAGACGCUGAGCCAUAAUGGCAGCACGUUAGAGAUCAGCAUCGCGACUGACAACGCUAACAGCAUAUUCCGGUGCACCGCCACAAAUCCCGUGAGCGAGGGAUGGAGCGAGCAUACCCUGUCCUCUGCGUGUAACCCGAAUAACGAUAACGGUUUUCCUGACAUCAUGUUCUACAUUUUGGGGUCUUCUCUACCUAUCCUUGUUACCAUGGUUGCCAUCAUUGUGAUAGUAAUUGUUAUAAUAAAAAAAAAAAGAAAAAGAGAUAUAUACUCAAAGCGAUGUGUAAAUCCUCCAAGUAUCCCGGAAAGUAGACCCCCAGUGCCUGAACCAGCAUCCGAGCAGAGGCCUGAAGGCAUCCAGACAGUGUAUGCCAUUGUCCAGAAACCCAAGAAUCAAAGUAUAAGCUCAGAUGCAUCGAAAAGCCUUCCUUUUUCAUCGGUGUACGAGCUGGCUGGUCCUUGCCGAAAUAACAUCCAAGUACAGAACUCAACUGACGAGAUCUGGGUGUAGAAAGUACCCAUGAGAGGACUGUGCUGGAGCUGAAGGAGCCAACCUUCUCCUUGUAUCGCUAGAAGCCAUGGACUCAUAGGACAAACGUGGAAACCAGGUCUUCUCGUGCCAGAGUUCACCCUUAAGGACUGAUUUGUGAAUACCCCACUCCUUUUCACUCUUUUACCAUUUUGUGGUAAAUUCUAGACUCCUAUUCUGUUACAGGUACUGUCAUUUAUGGUGAAGGCAAAAAAAUGUAUAUUUCAUGGUAAAGAUAGAUAAAGUGGAGCUCCCCUUUAAAUCGAAAGAAAAUGUAUAUAUGUUCUGACAAAUCUGAUGGAGGAUUUUUUGCAUCCUUUCAUUUAUUGUACGAUUGCCGGACAUUGGAUACUGUUUGUAAUCAGGGGAGGGUUCCCCUUUAGACGUACGUUUUAAACAUGGCAGAUUUCAAGAUUUCAAGUCCGCACCAUGCAUCUGAAUGGGGUUGUUUCUGCAGAAUCUGGACACAACAGAAAGAAUUGUCAUGCUAAAGUUUGUUUAAAGGGAACCCGCCACCUUUGAAAUACUGCGCAGUCUAUGGACGCCAUGUUGUAGAGCAGGAGGAGCUGAGCAGAUUGAUGUAUUGCUUUAUGGGGUACGAUUCAGAAUUUUAUUUUAUUUUAUGCAUUUAAAUCUCUCCCCUAUCUGGGCUUAGUUGUACGGUGGGCGGUCCUACUCAGUGAUUGACAAGUAUCUGUGCAGUUAGGACCGCCCACUGGACUCCUAAGCUUUGAAGAAGAGGGAUUUAAAUGAAUAAAUGAGAAGUUCUACUGACUCUUUUCCCGCAAAACUACAUAUCAAUCUGCUCAGCUCCCCCUGCUCUACAAGAUGGUGCGGGCUGAUCAGACACCGUGUACUACCCUUUAAGUUACAUCAUGUGAAGUGGUGGAAUAUAUGGAGAUCUCUGACUUUCCUUUCUGGACUCAUGGGAUAAGGUAAGUGCCCUCAGAUACCCACACACCUUGAACAGCUGCAUCUCCCCCGUACACGAUCGGCUCAGCUCAUGUGAUUGUUUACUACGGUUUGUGGCACAUAUUUGCAUAUUAGAAAAAAAAAUCCCGUCUGCAAAUGUUCCCUUGUUUUUCACGCCUACUUUAAUGGCUUACGGGGACUUUUCUUUUGUUGUUUUUUUAUGAGGUAUUUUGAACUAGAAUGAGUGUUCCUGCGCGGGCACAGAUGUUCGCCGACCUUCCUGUGUGCUUCAUGCCAGUAUUAGAACAUGUGACAUUUUCCCUUUAACUUUUUUUGUAUUUUUUUGCAUUUAGAGAUUACAUCAGAUGGCUGUGAUGAAUUUCUAGAGAAACCUUCUGAACCAUUUACAUGGUGGCCACGGUUCUGGGUUUUGUAGUAGGACGAUCUGUGUAAAUAGGAUAUUAAAAUGAUUAUUUUUUUCUAUUCUUUAUUUUAGUGUCACAACUUUUCACUACCACUAGGUGGAGACAGAGCACCACGACUAUAGUUACAGUAAACUCAUGGGGACUAUUUUUUUUAAUAUUAUAAACUUUUUACAUGCAGAGCCCCAGGCAGUCUGCAACGUGGGGCAUCUUCCCCCAGGACGUUCCCCUUUACCCCCUUCCUGCCCUCGCCAUAGUAAUAAGUCAAGGGAACUACAUAUUUUUAGCUAGCCACAGUGGGAGCGCCUUUCCUUGCGGGUGCCAGCUGUAUUACAGGAUGGGAGGUGUGUUUAACCCCUUAGAUACCAUAGUCAUAGUCAGUAAGUGGUAAGCGAAAGGGAGGAAGCUCCAUCUUCUACGCCAUCAGCCUCCUGCUUAACUAUGGUCUCCGGCCCUGCCAUGUAUUAGGUGGCCUGUCAGAUUUACAGUUACAGACAUAAUACACUGCAAUACAAAGAUAUUGCAGUGUAUGAUAUGACGGAUCAGAGGACGGCAGGUUCAGUUAUCUAAAAAGGCAAACCCCACUAAAUGGGCAAUAAAACCAGAUACACUGUUAAUUUGCAUCACUGUAUGCAUCCAAUUUCUGUCCAACUAUCUAUUUUUUACGGUCAUUUUGCAUCCGUUUUUAACAGCCAUUAAUAAAAUGUGAAUUCCAUAAGCUUUUUUUUCCAACAUUCCGACCCCUGCAGAACCCUAAGUGUACAUUAUGCCCCUCAUAGUGUCCACUAGACUUCCAAUGGUCCCAUUGUGCCACCUAGACAUCCAAUGGUCCCAUUGUGCCUCCUAGUCAUCCAAUGGUCCCAUUGUGCCACCUAGACAUCCAAUGGUCCCAUUGUGCCUCCUAGUCAUCCAAUGGUCCCAUUGUGCCACCUAGACAUCCAAUGGUCCCAUUGUGCCUCCUAGACAUCCAAUGGUCCCUUAGUGCCUCCUAGACAUCCAAUGGUCCCAUUGUCCCCCAGUAUCUAAAAUGCCCCCUUAGUGCUCCCAGUAUCUAAAAUGCCAUCCUUAGUGCCCCCAGUAGUUAAAAGGGCCCCUUAGUGCCCCUAGCAUACGCAUUUCCUCAUUAGUGCCUUCCAGUAUGUGUUGACUUCCUUAGUGCCUCCUAGAAUAACUAAUGCCCCCCUUAGUUCCUACUAGUAUAACUAAUGCCCUUCUUAGUGCCUCCUCCCUCCUAGUAUAACUAAUGCCCCCCUUAGUGCCUCCUAGUAUAACUAAUGCCCUCCUUAGUGCCUCCUAGUAUAACUAAUGCCCUCCUUAGUGCCUCCUAGUAUAACUAAUGCCCUCCUUAGUGCCUCCUAGUAUAACUAAUGCCCUCCUUAGUGCCUCCUAGUAUAACUAAUGCCCUCCUUAGUGCCUCCUAGUAUAACUAAUGCCCUCCUUAGUGCCUCCUAGUAUAACUAAUGCCCUCCUUAGUGCCUCCUAGUAUAACUAAUGCUCUCCUUAGUGCCUCCUAGUAUAACUAAUGCCCUCCUUAGUGCCUCCUAGUAUAACUAAUGCCCUCCUUGGUGCCUCCUAGUAUAACUAAUGCCCUCCUUGGUGCCUCCUAGUAUAACUAAUGCCCUCCAUGGUGCAUCCUAGUAUAACUAAUGCUCUCCUUGGUGCCUCCUAGUAUAACUAAUGCCCUCCUUAGUGCCUCCUAGUAUAACUAAUGCCCUCCUUAGUGCCUCCUAGUAUAACUAAUGCCCUCCUUAGUGCCUCCUAGUAUAACUAAUGCCCCCCUUAGUGCCUCCUAGUAUAACUAAUGCCCUCCUUAGUGCCUCCUAGUAUAACUAAUGCCCUCCUUGGUGCCUCCUAGUAUAACUAAUGCCCUCCUUAGUGCCUCCUAGUAUAACUAAUGCCCUCCUUAGUGCCUCCUAGUAUAACUAAUGCCCUCCUUAGUGCCUCCUAGUAUAACUAAUGCCCCCCCCUUAGUGCCUCCUAGUAUAACUAAUGCCCUCCUUAGUGCCUCCUAGUAUAACUAAUGCCCUCCUUAGUGCCUCCUAGUAUAACUAAUGCCCUCCUUAGUGCCUCCUAGUAUAACUAAUGCCCUCCUUAGUGCCUCCUAGUAUAACUAAUGCCCUCCUUAGUGCCCACUAUUCUGCUGGUUCAGACAUGAAAAAAAAUAGUUGCCUCAUCACUUACACGUGAGGA